AUGAUCAAAGUUACGCGCGAAAUCGAUGUCCUCAAACUUGUCAAACAUCCUAACAUUGUCAGACUCUACAAUGUGAUUGAAGUGGAAAAGUACAUUGGGAUCAUGCUUGGGUAUGCCUCUGGUGGUGAACUAUUCAACCAUAUCUUAGCUCAUUGCUACUUGAAGGAGAAGGAUGCAUCAAAACUGUUUGCUCAGCUUAUCUCUGGAGUUACUUAUCUUCACGCCAAAAAGAUCGUUUAUCCGGAUUUGAAGCUAGAAAACUUGCUACUUGACCGAAAUCACAACAUCGUUAUCACUGACUUUGGCUUUGCCAAUUGCUUCGAGGAUCUUACCGAUGAUCUCAUGGCCACCUCAUGUGGUUCGCCCUAUUACGCUGCCCCCAAACUUGUUGUCCAGGAUGGUCGCUACGUCGGCUCUCAAGCAAUGUUGGCCGGUUACUUGCCCUUCAACGAUGACCCUUCCAAACCUGAUGGCAAUAACAUCAACUAG